CGGUUCGGUCUGGUCACCAACCGGUUGCCGCCUAUAUAAUGUAACGGCGGCCAGCGUCCUGGGCGAUUCCCCAAUCCGUCGGUGGCGGCAGAGCGGCGAUGAAGGAGAUGCAUGACGGCGGCGAUUCCGACGCACCGGAGGAGCUUACUGCCGCCGAGGGUCGCUCAUGAGAAUAAAGAACGUAGGAGACUAUGGGCGCAGAGAAAGACUCAACCAAAACAGAAGAAAGGUGUAGAAGCUGAAGAGACUGAACAACCAGAUGACGCACCCAGUAUACCAGGAAUGCUUCCAAGCAACAUAGUUGCUGUUCUUGCAGCCCGUGAAAAGUUAACGUUCUCAUCAGACUCUGAGGAAGAAAUUGUAAAGCAGAAAAACACUAAAAGAAAGAAAAAGAAGAAAGCAUUGGGGCCUGAGACAAUUCUCCUGAAGGACAUUCCUCCUCCCCAAUGCCUGGAAAAUUCCUUGGAAUUUUUGAAGAGGAGAAAGAUGCAGGUCCCCAGAUCAUCUUCCAUUCUGAAGAAUGCGGACCAGGCAUUGCGUCUCCUUUCAUCAAAAGGUAGCUUGCGGAGGCUGAGUUAGCGAAUUUGACAUUGUUUUAACUCAUAGUAUCCAAGAUAUUAGCACCGGGGCACCUUACCUUAAUUUGUUGGCUUACAAUUUACGUAUUUUGCAACCUUACUUGGAGUCUUGCAAUGCAACGUGAGAACAGCAUAUUAUUUGGAAUUGUAUCGAAAUUUACGACACCUUAGGAGGGUGGAGGAUGGUUUUUUAUGUUUGUGAAUUAAUUAAUCUGGUUAUAUAGGUGAUUCAAUUUUCUCA